GCUUCAUUUAAUUCAUCGCCAGCGCGAACGGUCGCCGGUGUUUUGUUGUUAACUGCAAGUGCUACAUAGGUCUAAAUUAACGACAAGCGCGCGCAAUUGCAAUUUGAAUUGAAAAUUGAGAAUUACGACACAACGCAACCAGCAAGCAACAAGCGACAGUGCAAUUGUAGAGUGUUCAGGCAGAUCACGAUCUAUGUAUUAAACUAACAAAGAAUUAAAUUGGGUUAAUAUCAAUAAAAUGGCAAAACUCGUCCUUUCAGCUGUGUUAAUCGUCGUCCUUUGUCAAACAUGGACUCAUGCUGCAGUCAGCCCGAAUUGCCCGGUAAGCAGUAAAAUGCAAUCGUGUUCACCAAAGUGCAAGGACGAUACUGAGUGUUUCGGGCAAAAAUGCUGCCCGAAUAUAUGCAACACAAAGUCCUGCACGCAACCCAACCAACAAAGCGGGGCCAAUAAUGGCUACAAAGGAUCAAGCUCUGGAGCAACAGGAUCGUAUUGCGGCAAUGUCAAGUGCAACUCGUUCGAGAAAUGCGAAUUGGACAGAUCUACAAAGCGUCAGAAAUGCGUCCGUGCCUAAUGUAACCGAAGAAACAUAUUUUAUUUGCUGUAUUUUUUAGAAAGUGACAUUUUUAUUUUUACUCAUAAAAAUGUAAAAUUCAAAUAUAUUCACGAUCACAAUGUC